AUGUCUUCACGAUGUCUUUCCACUCCUCAUUCAUUGAAUCGAAAUACGCCAUCUACCUAUAAAACUAAUCAAUUUACUGAUAUGCAUUCUUCCACCUCAUAUAUUGAUGGUUUACCGGAGCCUAAUUUAUCAAGUCGUAGUCGAACAGCUGUUGUUGGUCCUAAUACGGUACAUGGAAGUCGAGAAGGUUCACCGUAUGAUUAUCGUUCAGCUAAUGAAGAAGGUGAUGUGCUAGCAUAUUACAGUAGUGAUAUUACACGAGCGUAUACAUCACCUCCUACACCGAUAUCACGAUAUGAUUGUGGUGAUCCACCACCUUACUAUAGCCAUAGACGAAAUACUCAACCGGAAGAUGGUAUUAUUUUUAUCGUUUGUUAUUUUUGA